GUUCGGGGUUCCAAUUUCAGCGCUACAUUCCAAAGUGAAGAUGGAUGACUCUAAUUAGAAAUAAUUAUGAUUCUCUGUUUAUUUACGGGAACAAUUUAGCUUUGCUGUCUGUGUGAUGGGAGUUCCCGGCUCCAUAGCGUCUAUGCUAUCAUCUCGAGGCUAACACAAACUGUGGAAUCCGCUUUCGCAAAUACUGACGCACGCUUAAGAUGCUUCUGAUUGGUCCAACCGUUCGUGUGGGAAAUUACAUUUUCCCUCACUAUCAAUCAUAAAAGUAAAGAUUUUGAAAUUUGAAGUUGAAAUAUUUGGGUCAUAAAGGAAAUAGUAAUGAGCAGUAAUAAGAUUCGAUGUCCUGCGCUUCAAUUUUUAUGACUCAUUAAUGAAGUUUUGGCUCGUGUUUCCAAACAAUUUACUUUAUAUAUUUUUUUUUACAACGGGCUAUUCAUUUCGUUUAAUCGUGUAUUACCAUAUUUGUUUGUAUCACAAUCACCGUUUACCCGGCUACUGAUACGCUGCUUAAGUUAAGUAAUAUCAAAUGGAAUACAGGACAAUAGAGAUCGCCAUGACAUCUUCGCUAAUGUAUUCGGUUAAUUUAAACUGAGCCCAACACCUUUUAAUAAGACAUUGUUAUAGAUAACAACAGAUAUCUCCUGACGUAAUUGCGUUGAUGGGACAGAGUGUUGGUUGGAGCGUUGGAGGCUAGGCGCGCAUAGCACGCUGUCGUCAUGGGCUGAGCCAGCAAAGCGUUUAACGUGUCGUGUUGUUUUAUGUUUUCAGAAAUCAUCAUGGUCAAUAUUUCUACUUCCUUUGUGACAACAAUUUGGCUGUUAAUUCUCUGUUAUGACGCCUGUCGGGCACAAGGAAUGUUGAGCGGAACGAUACAGGCGGUAGCCGAAAGGAGGGGCCUCAGUCGAGAAGAAGUUGUGAAAGCCUUUGAAAAUAACUUACUGAAUAUGUUUGGACUGAAAGAGCGACCUAAACCAAAAAAGGAUAUUGUUAUUCCACAAUAUAUGAUGGACUUAUACAAAAAGCAAAAAGAAAAUGAAGACGGUGUCAGGAUGCACUUUAAAGUGAAAGGUAUCACUACCAGUUCUGCGAAUACAGUACGAAGUUUCCACCACGAAGAAGAUACCGUAAGUAACGACCAGACAACGAGGGACCACCAUGGGCAUCAUAUCCAUUUUAAUGUUUCAACGAUACCGGACCAUGAGGUGGUCACUGCAGCAGAAUUAAGGAUAUUCAGAAAAGCGAAUCAUUCAAUACACAAGCGGGACAUUGACCAUCAAAGUGAAAAACAGAGGAUAAAUAUCUAUGAAAUAUUGAAACCAGUUGCGAAAAAUAGAGACGUUAUUAAACGCUUAAUUGAUACAAAAGUAGUAGAUUCUCAUGAAACUAAUUGGGAAACGUUUGACGUUAAACCGGCAGUUCAGAGAUGGAGAGUACUGCCGGAGGAGAAUUAUGGAUUAUUGCUUGAGACAAUUGGCAAAGAUGGUAGACCAGCUACACAGAGGCAUGUCCGAAUGUCAAGAAGUACACACCAGGACGAAAGUAUGGACUUAGAUGAUUGGGAUCAAGAGCGGCCUAUUAUUGUAACGUACACGGACGAUGGACGAAGCAAGCGCGCGAGUGGGAAUAAUGGCAACCGUAAAAAGAAAGAGCGGAAACUAAAAAGGCCAAGUUGUCAGAAACAUGAACUAUAUGUUGAUUUUAGUGAUGUUGGAUGGAACGAUUGGAUUGUCGCGCCGCCCGGCUACGAGGCUUAUUACUGCCAUGGAGAAUGUCCUUUUCCGAUUUCAGAGCAUUUGAACGCAACGAAUCAUGCGAUUGUACAGACUUUAGUGAACUCAGUCAACCCACAGCUUGUACCCAAAGCAUGUUGUGUUCCGACAGAUUUAAGUAGCAUUAGUAUUCUUUAUUUGGAUGAAAAUGGUAAGGUCGUGUUAAAAGUUUAUAAAGAAAUGGUAGUGGAAGGCUGUGGGUGUCGCUGAAACUUUAUUAUUUCACUUGCUUUUUAAAUAGGCUAGUCGAACGAUGUGCAAUUGCCCGAUAGUGGGUUGAAGAAGCCCUCCUCUGUACCCCAGGUAAUUUUGAUAGAUUACUUAUUGACCGGAGGAGGAGGGACAGCGUCACAUUCAGAGGUUUGGUUUCAAGAGCGGUUCAUAGCUUGUAGACGUUUGAGUACCUAUGUACCGCAGAUUGUCACCAAGCGCAUACUUAUUUUUCGAGACAUCGCCGGCCUCAGAGAGCUAUGAGAUGCAUCUGGGUAUACGCAACACCAACCUGGUUGUUGGAAAAAUAGCAAAAAUGGAUAGAAUAUUAAGAAUACUUAAGGUAUGCUUUUUUUGUAAUAUCCAUUGCACAAUAGAAUUUACCACACUUGAGUGAAGAGAAGGGAUUAAAUCUAUUUAACAGCACGUCUAGGCUAUAGAAUGUAUCUUGUGGAAGCAGAAGUGUGUUCCGAUGGAUAAGGAGGUCAGCUGACAUAUAUGAUCUUAUAAAAACGUGUCUAUAACAUAUAUGGCUGAAACCUGACACGAUAUCAUAAUAAAUAUAUAUUAUUUAAUUUGAACAUGUACAAAGUUUGUAAAGAAUUUUUAAAUAAGUUUUCAUAUAUAACGUAGCCGCUAGGCCUAUAAUCUUAUUUUUGUACUUAAUAUUAAAUGUAGUGUUUACGAUGUCAAUUUUUAAAUUUAGUCUAAUAAAUUCUGUGUACUCUGCAUUCUGUUAAGCCAAAUAAAAAUAAUACAUGUUUUCCGUCCCGGGCUCUUUUCUAUUUCUGGGCAACUUUCGGAUGUGGGUGCGUUGGUCAUAAGAGAUCUCGACAAAAAAACAUGUUAUUUUUAUUUGGCCAGAGCAACUUUGAAAUAAGCUUUAAUGAUAAGACGAUUGAAUUAUGAAGAGAUUGAAAAAGUCGUCAAAUAUUUUUCUUAUUUAACUUGACGUAUUUAUAAACUGAAAGUUGGUGUGCUAUAUAGGCCCAUGCCUAAUCGAUGACAGGCUGCCCUUGGGUAACAAAAGUAUGGUAGGCCUAAAGCCUACUGCCUGAUACAGGAAAUAUUCAUACGGGGUAAUCGUAUAGUUGUAUAUCAUACAAUGUAGGCAUGUUCGGCCACCUUCUAUCGUCGUAUUAUUCGGUGUGAGAUUUAUACAAUAACUGUCGUUCACAACGUGCACUGGUAGAAUUAUACUUUUGUAUUACGUAUUCAUCUGUAGACUGGAUUAGCAUCGACAUGGGAAUGUAACUGCUAGGUCAUUUGCUAACGUCUCAGUCUGCUAUUCCGCUUUAAAUCUACAGUUCAACUUUUAUUUUACCAGAAAUUGACGAAACACCUGUUUCGUUUUUUUUUUCGGAAAGUGAAAGAUUUAAGGAUAUUGUUGCAAUCUUCAUGUUUCUUCAUUCUUAUGCACUGACCUCGUGAGUUAGCCACCGUUUUAAUAUGUCAUUGUCCUAUAUUUUGAACCAUAUGUUUGGCUUACUUCCCAGAUCACGUACGACCCAAACGAUCCAGGGAUAAAGUUCUUUCCAGUACCAACUCCCCUACAUCUGUCUUUCAUCUAAAACGAUAUAUCCUCUAUCCACUUUAAAUGAUCUGUUAUAUACGCUUGGCCUUUUAAUAAAUAGUCAUAGUACUACAAUGAAAACUGUAGUUAACUACAGUACAGGGUACUUAAAACCAACAACUCAACUUGCAUAAUUAUUUAGGAUUGAUGUUAAUGGUCCAUCGAUUCCAGCGUACAUUAUGUAGUAUAUAUAUUUUUUACGAAGUCCGUCCAACGAAAAAUUGUAAAAAGAUGAUGAGAAAGGCAGUGUGAAUUGCAUGAAAUUUAGAUGAGUUCAUCAUGAAUGUUAUACUCAGCUUGUUAACGAUAUUGUUACCAACCUGCUUUUUCUACCAGUUUUAAUUUGAUGAUAAGACAGUCUUCGGUAACGUUUUAGGUGGAGACUUACUGAUUCAGUUUUAAUAAGUAUAUCCACUGAAUCAGAGUGUAUCUUACCACGUUGAGUUUGGAUUUGGGGUGGUAAAAUGAUGAAGUUGUGUAAGAUUUCAGGAGAAUCUCAGGGGCGUUUUUUAUGUAAUUGCCAAAGUUUAAAGAGAUAACAUAAACGCUUUAAGCCGUCCAGAAUAGUAGAUGUUUACCUUGGAUUCUCCAAAAUUACAAAGUAUUAUUAUUAUUGUUAUUCUAUGUCACAUGUUAAGAUACAGUUGGGGCAUAGGUCUACAUGGUGGAAUAUAACUUACGCCAAAUGUCGACAAUUGUUUUCAUGACGCUGUUCCGUCUGUUAUAAGUAUAAAAUAAAAUAUUAAAACUGAACAGAGAUUUGA